AUGUCUAUCUGGGUGGCCUUGCUCUCGGCUGUAUUCCUCGCAUGUCUCUUGCGUCUUUGGAAGUCACCUAGGACUGGCAGCCGUUUGCCGUUACCCCCGGGCCCACGCCGACUACCUAUUAUCGGCAAUGUGUUCGACAUGCCGAAACGAUACGCUGGGGCAGACUUUCGUGAACUCAACGAUAAGUACGGUGACAUGGUAUACAUGGAUGUCCUUGGCCAACCCAUGCUCAUCCUGGGCACGCAUGAUGUUGCCUUCGACCUGCUCGAGAAACGUUCAGCACUGUAUUCGGACAGAGUCCAGUCCGCCAUGGUAGACCUAUCCGGUUUUGACUGGCUUUUGGCGGCGAUGCCCUACGGUGCCUGGUGGAGACGCCACAGACGGGCCUUCCACCAAUACUUCAAUCCCAACGCCGUCGUGGGGCUUCGGUCCAUACAGCGCAACCAAGUCAGUCACUUUCUGAACCGCCUCCUUGAUGCGCCGGACGACUUCUACGAGCAUAUGAGGCAGUACGUCUACUCCAACACUCUAUUCGCCGCAACGAUCAUGCGUGUGGCAUACGGAAUACAGAUCUCAGAGAGGGACGACGAAUACAUGAAGAUGGUAGAGGACGGGCUUACGGCGAUCAACCUCCUGCUCAGCCCUGGCAAGUAUCUCGUCGAGCAGCUCCCCAUCUUGCGCUUCCUCCCGAAGUGGAUGCCGGGCGCGCAGUUUCGGCGCGAUGCGGCCGACGCAAAGGUCGUUGCGUACGAGAUGCGUGACACCCCCUGGUCGCGCAGCCUCGAAGCGAUGCGCCAGGGGACUGCUUCAGCAUCUAUGAGUACAGCGUUGAUGGAGCGUAUGCGUACCCUCGAGAGCUCCGAAGCUGAGGAGGAACAGCUCAUAGCCCGGAAUACUGCCGCGACGGCGUACGCUGGUGGUGCGGAUACCACACUCGCGCUGAUCCAAGCGUUCUUCCUCGUCCUCGCGUUAUUCCCCGAAGUGCAAGAGAAAGCUCAGGCCGAGCUUGAUACCAUUGUCGGCCCGCACCGCCUGCCCGAGUUCAACGACCGCGACUCGCUGCCGUACGUCUGCGCGGUCAUCAAGGAGUGCAUGCGUUGGCACGCCGUCGCGCCACUCGGCGGAGCGCACCGCCUGAUCCAGGACGACGAGUAUCGUGGUUACUUGAUUCCCAAGGGCACGCUGGUCAUCGCGAAUCUAUGGGCAUUCUCUCGUGACGAACGGCGCUAUCCAGAUCCGGAGGUCUUCAUCCCGGAGCGCUUCCUUAAGGACGGGAAAUUGAACGCUGAUAUCACUGACCCCUCGGAGUUCGCGUUCGGUUACGGCAGAAGGAUUUGUCCGGGUCUCCACUUCGCGGAGUCUUCGAUUUUCCUGACCGUCUCCUCGGUGCUACACACGCUCUCCGUCACCCCGCCGCUCGAUGCGGCGGGGAAGCCUCGGCGUCCGAAGAUCAAGACGACCGCGGGCGUUAUAUCCUACCCAGAGCCUUUCAAAUGUGUCAUCAUGCCUCGUGCGUCCUGGGCUGAGGCACUCAUUCGCGCCAACGACCAGCUCGCGGAAUGA